CAGACACAACACCACAAUAAUCAAACGACGCGUGUAAUCACGCUCCACAUGUUCCCUUACUUGUAUUUUCCCUUUCCAUCUUCUCAACAAUUUCCCUCUGAUCCAUCACCUAAAUUUUCUUCAAUUCCCCUUCCAAAAUUGAAGAAAAUUCAUGGGUUUAAUGCUUAACCAUUCCGAAGAAUCACCAAUGUCAAUUUACAAAAUUUCAGGGGGUUAUUUAGAAAUCCGUUUGUUCUACGUACGCAUAACGUCGUGCGCAGUUAACGCCGUUCCUGAUCACCUCAUACUCCGUCAUCUCCGCCGUGAAAUUGGCGUUACGUUAGAGAUUAACGGGUCUCGAAUUCCGCCAUCCGAUACCGUUACCGUUACGUUACGCCGUGACAGGGUUGAUAAAGGAUCAUCAGAGGUGACGUAUGUUAGUACUGAUAAUGUUAGGGUUUCAGGUCCUGUUGAAUUUGAGGUAUAUAAAGAGGAGAAAGAGGGAUUAAAGGAGUUGUUAAUACUUUGUGGUAAUUGGGAUAAUAAUGGGACGGGGUGGAGUAUGGAUUGUUAUAAUGCGGCGUCGUUUGGGAGUAUUGAGGUUUAUGUAGCGGGUUGUUGUUCUGGUGUGCCUUUGAUUUUGACAAAGACAAUUCAGGUUAGCCCGAGAAGGAAAUUGUUGUCUAGGCAUGGUAUGUUGGAUGCCAUUCCUGAGGAUGGUAAUGGAUACAUUCCACAACAAGAACUGCAGAUCACAGACUCAGAGUUGGAUGAUUUUGAGUCAGAAGGAAAAGCUGGACAUGGCUUUUACUCAGAAGACAUGUAUCUCGGUGAAGAUGGUCAACUCUCCUGGUUCAACGCUGGAGUAAGGGUUGGAGUUGGGAUAGGCCUUGGGAUGUGUGUCGGUGUCGGAAUUGGGGUGGGGUUACUCAUGAGUUCUUAUCAGGCAACUGCUAGCAACCUGCGGAGGAGGUUCUUCUAGGCAUAUGAGACACUCAGUGCGAGUUAACUGUGGUCGUUAUUAACUUGAUUUGAAGAUGAAAAUCAAGAUCGUUAAUCGUUGUUGCGAUGUUCAGCAUCCAACAGCAAGUAGGCAAUAGAGGAUCGCGUAGUGGAGCCACUGAAAGUGUGACAUGAUAUAAAUGUCAGGUGCGAGGCUGGACUGCCUCUGAAUAUCAGUUGUUGAUAUACUGAAGCUGCAAAAGACCCUCCAUCUAAGACUUUAGCGGAGUGUUGAGUGAGAUACUGAUGUGGAUGUAGUUGUAUUUCAAACCAUUGGGAAUAGUGUGUUUAUAGUUAUAAGACGUGUUAUGCUGGUGCGAUAAGUGGUAUUUAGAUGUAAGUCUUUCAUACAUAUCUUUUCCAGUGAGUUUUUUAGGUAGUUAGCGCAGGGUGCUGCUGAAGAAUCUUUUUUCGGUGUUACCUUUGCAGAAUUUACGCUGGUCCUUCAAUUUUAGUCAUGGCAACAAGCUGCCAUUGUGUAAUAACUGUCGUUUGUAAAGUUCUGACCAAAGUGGAUACUGUACAAAUUAUAAUGCAAGGAAUAGUCUCUUCUGUAAA